AUGGCUGAGGCAGCCUGGACUGGAAUUCACUCGCUCCUCACAGAUCUAGUUCACGAACACAAAGUCACAACAAUUAACAUUAUCUCUGACUCGCCAAUGUCUCAGUAUCGGAACAAAACGAUCAUGUACUUGAUGAAAAAGUUUGCAUCUGAACAUCAAGUCAAAGUUAAAUGGAUUUAUCUCGAAAGUGGUCAUGGCAAAGGAGUUGCAGGCGCUGUCGGCGCUGCACGGAAACGAAUGUUAGAUGACGCGGUGGCCUUUGAUCCAGAUGGCAGUUUUGAGAACGCUCUUGAUCUUCUCAAAGCCACAGACAACUCAACUGACAUUCGACUGUUCAUCUACAACAAAAGUGAUAUCGAAACGGUGAAGAAGAGUAUUCCGAAGUUAACAACAGUCAAAGGAACCGCCUCUUUUCAUGCUAACAGCCACUAA